UGGCGUAGCGGCGCUGCUAUCGAAGUUGCGGGUGGCCGAAAGCAGUUAUCGGGCACUUUGUUGAGCGUCUUUAUUUUUGCCAGCGAUCGUAGGGAAUGUCACAAGCCUUAGCAAAUACAGUAUGCAGUUGACGAAAUGGCCUCGACGCCCGAACAAGUUGUCUGCACACCGACUUUUGUGUUUCCAGCCGCUUUCCCAGAAACAUACGGCAAAUUGCUGAUUGCCGAAGCGAGCAGCUGUUACGGAUUCGACCCUCGACAGCACCUGGCCAACUUUCACGCCACUGCCCCUGCAGCAGCCAGCAGUGUGCCCCAACCAGUGGUGCAAAACUCUGAGGAGGCUGCUCACCAGGGUCUCAAGGCAGUCAAGUCACAGCCGCGCAGCUCCCUGACGACGCUCAAGAUUCCGCAGGUGCCAGCAAGUGACUUUGGCCGCAGCCUGGGGUCAGCUCCGGUUGCCUUCCCAGGCAUUGAGCCACACAAGGCGGCGGCUGCACCUGCCCAGAAAGUGGAAGCAUCAGUGGCUUCCGAGAGCCCCAAAGGGGACAAACUGUGGCCCUGCCCAUCUUGCAAGGUGCCUUUCAAGGCAGCCUCUGAGCUGCAGCAGCAUUUAGGCCAGCACACACGCUCAGAGCGAGCCGUUGGGGCAGUGCCCUGUGAGGUGUGUGGAAAGUUGUUUGCUUCAGCCGAGCGAGUCCGAGCUCACGUGCGGGCAGCUCACGGUGAGAAGGCCUGCGCCUGUGACAUCUGUGGCAGCGGCUUCAGCUACCGGUGCAAGUUGCUGGAUCACAUGCGGACGCACACGGGUGACAAGCCGUUCCGGUGCGAGGUGUGUGGAAAGAGCUUCUCGCAGAAGAACCACCUGACACGCCAUGCCAUGAUCCACACGGGUGAGCGGCCGUUCCCGUGCGACUUCUGUGGGCGGGGCUUCUACCGCAAGGACAAGCUGGCCCGGCACCGGCGUGUGCACACAGGUGAGCGCCCCCACGUUUGCCUAGCGUGCGGCAAGAGCUACGGCCGCCGGGAGAAGCUGGCGCGCCACCUGCGAGCUCAUGCGGGCGAGCGGCCCUUCGGCUGCUCCCAGUGCGGCCGCCGGUUCCUCGAGCCCCGGGACUUGAGCCGACACAAAUGCGCCGCCCCCCCUUGUUCCAGUGGGCAGCAGCACCAGCAGCAGCAGCAGCAGCAGCAGCCAGCCGAGAGCCUCCUGCUCCUCGCCGGGGGUGGCCCCCUCGCGGGGCUCUACCAGCGGCUCCAGCAGCAAGGCGCCACCAGCACCACCGCCAAUGCCCCCCCAGCUGGGCAGCCCCAACCAGACAACCCCUUUCGGCCCCGGCAGCUUCAAACCUGACUGGCAGCCGCCUACCAGUCUGGCCAGUCCCCGCCACUGACUGUGAGAGUGCCGCCCGCAUCUGCUGCAGCUCGGAAAUUAUUUUCCCGUACUAGCCGGACUUGUGUGUCUUUGGGCACUGGAGGGUGUCACUCUGUGCCUGCACUUUGUAGGUGCGACCGCCCCGUACCCCACAGGGCAGGGCUUAUCACUAGCUGACCUCUUGCAGCCAUUGCAAUUCUGUAUGUGUUUUGCUCAAGUUUUGUUUCCUAGAAGAGAUGUAUGCAUGAGCAGAGGAUGAAUUGUUGUGUGCUGUGAGAAUUACAUCCUUUAAUGGAGUGAUACACGUGUGGAAAUGUAUGCAGAAUUGAAUGCCCAGGUUUUUAUUUUCUGCUUUUAUCCUUUUAGCUUUUUAUUGUCACGCCUUUGUAAAAAAAGAAUCACCUAGUAGGUAUAUGUCCUCUUGUGUGUAGUUGUAAUGCUCAAUUUUUUAAUUUUUUUUGUAUGUGUAGUGUUCAUCUCCUGGUACUGUUCUUUGUUAAAGUCAGUACGUCAGGUAACUGUAUGGAUGGAUCAUUAGACAAACAUACUCAUACGUAGAAGAUGCACCAAUUUUAAUUUCCUGCCUUUUCCAUUCUGCACGUUUGAGUGUGCAUUUGUGUGUGUGUGUAAAAAUUUUAAUAUGAUCACCAUGCAGGAAUGUAGUCACUGGCCCUGUAGGGAGCAUCGUCAUCUACUUAAUUCACUAAAAUGUUUAUGUACAGGAUGAUUGUGCUAGUUUUCUUUGCUUCCUCGGCCUCCACCCCCAUAAAAGCACAAGAUACAUCUCGGACUGUACAAGUCUGAAAGCUGUGGUGCAAGUUUUUAGUUUGCUGUAGUGGUCGUGCAUGAAUCCAGCAGUUAGUCGAAUUACUUUCUUAGUUUUAACAUUGUCGUGGAGUGGCACUGAUACAUGACCCCUUUCUGUUUCCUGCCAUGUCUGCUCGGCGAAUUCUGUCGCGCUUGCUCCCACAUGGAAGAGAAUGUAGAACACAGUCACGGCAUGGCUUCAAUGCAUAGUGACAUGCACUAUGCUCUUUGCUUAGCUGGUGCGGAAGGCAAUGAAAAAAGAUAACAUGCAGCGUAGCAUUGAAGCUGCUGACAGUUAUCCUAAAGUGUUGGUCAAGAAAGUGUGGCUUGUGAGGACUGGCUCGUGUAGUGUAACGGAGGCAUAAGUGUCUGCCCUGUCAUUUUCUUUAUUAUUAUCAUGUGCUGUAAGCAAAAACAACUUUAUGUAUGUUGACCACAUUGAUGUUAUAGCUUCUUUUUUCAUAUUUCUUGUACAAAGACAGGAGACACAAGGUGAAGCAGUUUCUGAAAGAUGGAUGUUUCCAUGAAUUGGUGAAGCUUGCAUGGGUAGAAAUGAUGCUGAAAAGGAACAGCACCCUUCAAAAUCACUCUUAAAGUCACUCACCAACACUUUUAUUGCGAUAGCAAUUAUAUGGACACUCCAAAGCAGAUUUCUGCCGUCGCCGUGAGGUUCCGUAUGACGUCAACGGCAAUGAAAUUGUCGCCGCGCUCCGGACGCUGUAUGUGCGAGUGAAAGGGCGCAAGGGACGCGCACUUUCACGGGGAGCGAACGCACGUCGGAGAGCAAACGCGCGUUCUGCGCCGUGCUCCCUGAAGGGCUGCAGAAUUAAGCGUCUCUUUCCUCCUUUCCGUAUAUAGAGAGCAAGUGCAACUUAUUCCAUCGCACGAAAGGCUGUAGGGGGACGGGAGAGAGAGAGGGAGGAAGGGGAGGCGAGGUUUAGCUGCGGCACCAAAUACGUAUUUAUAUAAAAACGCCGCGCGCGUCGACAACAGUUGUGCGCGUUGCUGGUGCUGCUGCAUGUCCAAGUUUAUACAGCUGAUAAAACUCUAUCGUUACUCUGUAUAGCUCUCUACUAAUUUGCUAUUGCAAUUGGUGCUUCGCCUUUUGGGGGAAACUGCGACAAAUUUUUUAGGUGGUGUUAAUUAUAGCCCAAAUCAGACUUGUUGCAUAACAUCUGCUACACUGUUGCCACAUGGUAACAACAGCCAUGUGAAGUAAGCUGAUUGGAUUGAGCUGUAGUGGCUAUCUUUGACAGCAAGAAUGAACACUUACUGAAUGCUUACAAAGGACAGGGUGGGUGCACAGAAAGUGUAAAGCCUCACUAAAAAAGGUAUGCCUGGGCAUGCGCCAUGCAGUUUAUGUGAGCCAAUUUCAGGUUCUGUUCUCGCACACCUGCUUGUCCAUGCACUCCCUAUAAUUUAGGUAAUCCCUAUAAUUUGGAGGACUUGGUGUCAGGGCAGCCACCCUGUCAAGCUACUGAUCUCAGUAGCUUUUUGUGGCUACUCCUUCUUUGUAUAUUUUUGUUCAAGGAGAAUAAAUUCAAGGUUGGCUCCUGUGAUACACACGACGAGGGUUAGUUUUUGGCCACCUGCCUCAGCCAGCUUUUUAACUGCCCGCUAAGAAAAGAGGAACGGUUGCCUGUGGAAGCAGCUUAUGUUCUCUGCAACAUUCAAAGACUUCAUAAAUCUGUGGAAAAAGCACCAGUAGUAGUGUCCUAGCCACAACUCCCUCUAGACAGUUUCUUCUUUGUGGAAGUGUUUUCAUGCACAUACAACAAAUUUGGAAGUCCUAGAGUGUGUAGCGUGGUUGAUCAAGAUUUAUUAGGAAUAUUAGUGGUAGGCUCUGGGUUUAACCAGCAAUGCAUUAGUUGAUGUUGGCUGUUAUUAACAGCACUGCUGAAGCCAUUGUGCAGUGGUGUAGUCAAUACCACUGUCUUAGGUUCUCAGGCAGAUUAAAGUUAUAAGUAAACUUUCAUAUUGGCACUGUGAUUCCCCCCUCCCCUCCAAAAAAUAAAAGGACAAGCUAAAUUUGUGUUGGGAGAGUGCCUAUAACUAUGUUGCCAAUGUUCUUGCAAGGCAAAAAACAAUGGCAGACUGGCAUUUGUUCAAUUUGAAUGGAAUUAAAAGAACACUGCUAGGGUGCAGGCUGUGCAAAGAGUUGUCGUGGGUAUUUUGGCUCGCUGUCUUGUUUAUAAAAAAAAGCCUUGUGUAGACAGGAGUAGAUGGUUUGACAUUUACUCUUGGUGCAUAGUGUGUCUGGUGCAAGCAUCAUGCGGCUACUUGUCACAAACUUUAUUGCUAUAGCCAAAAAGCAUCUUGUCUGCUUGUUGUAUACCAAGAUGCACAUGCAUGAUUAGUUUCUGUCAGAGCUGUUAAUAUUAGACAGUUUUAGUUUAGCGUGGUUACCGGAAUAGCGGGAUUGAAAUGCGCAGAACGCUAAACGACGCAUACUGUUUACCGUGCGCACGCUAUUUCUCAGAGUUAACGUUAGCGUGGUUUACGUAGUUUACGUAAAACAUGGCGGCGGUCCCGGUCGCCCGCUUCGAACUGAAUUUGGCAUUGUUUUUGUAGAAUUCACUUCGUUUGUAGCAAAUGACUGCGUAAACGGCUUUUGCCUAGUCUCAUGCCACUUUGCCGAGAGAGUGUUAUGGCUAAUCUUGAGGAAUUUUCGAGAUCGCUUCUUGUUUCGAACGCGCCUAAGCCUAACGAGAGAAAUUUUCUCCGAGAUGCGAGCGCCACCUGUCGGUAAAGUUGGGAGACAGGCGCGACGAUGGCAUAUGGCCUCUGAGAUGGGAACAUUUCGGAGGCUAUGGUAGACAGCUUGUACUGCUUGUCUGUUUCGCUGCAGAUCGGCGAACGUGGGAAGUAAAAAUACAACGCGCUCCUGGCUUCCAUUGCGCUGCCUCUCGCACUUUCCGGACGCACACACACAUAGACUUAGGUGCCCUAUGUAUGCGGAAUUCAAAGCGUAAUGGAAUAGCGUCCCGCACGUAAACUACGCUAUCACGCUAUACUAAAACUCUCUUUCUCCAAAGUUCGUUUGCGGAACGGUAACGCUAUUUCCCUUAACCCCGCUAUUACGCUAACUUUAAACUAAAACUGUAUUAUUGGUGGAGUGGUAUUGGAAUCUUCAGGGGAUCACCAGUGAAAAUCACCCAUCAGCACUGUUUGUCAGAUUUUCUGUUUGCGCAGGUAGCUUUUAUUUGACACGAAUGAGUCAGCUUGUGCUUACCUAAACAUCUCUUUCCUGCGUAAAGCUUAGCAGCAGUACUGAUCAGUCACAUAGCAGAGCUGAUAUUCAUUAGCUAGGUAUGCCUGCAUAGAAAAGUUUGCAGAGUAUGGCAUAGGCAAAAAACUGAAUUUCUACACAAACUAAGUGAAUACCUUGGCAUUUAAUAGGGCCCUGCAGUGUUUGUAUACAGCAAAGGUAGCACUUGUCAUCUCCAGGUAGUGUGCCAAGGUGUUGAGAAAAAUCAUGUCCUAUGUUAUGCCUGUAACUUUCGACUGCAGGUGUGUCUUGCAUUUUCAUGGACAAACUGUUCACUUAUUCUGUCAUUUCAUUUUGCACCUACUGCUGAAGACAAGCUGUUAAAGUGCGAUAUUGUGCCACCGUCCUUAGGCUUGCAUCUGUGUGGACUUUGGGUCCAUACAAUACAAUUGCCUUCCUGAACUUGCUACUUGAGGUGAUAUACCUUCUGUCAGUGUUGCAGCAUUCAAUGCCAUUUGCCUUGAAUGAGUGCAGGCAUAAUGAAAAACUUUGUCUGUUUUAGCUGCUGUGUGUGCCAGUACUGUUCUAAUGCAAAGUUGUACAACCUGUGUGGGGCAUAAAUGUCCUUUCCCUCAAGUGCUGGGAAAUAGCUACACAUGCACUUUUUUUUAUUACUCAAGUGGCUACUGCUGUGGUGGCUUCAUGGCUAAGGCAUUCUGCUGCUGGCGACAAAGUUGCAAGUUCGCUUUUGGGAAGUCGUGACUGUAUUUUGGUGUGGUGGGGAUAUGGAAGUAUGCUUGAGGAGGUGUGCUUUAAAGUGCGCCUUAAAAUAACCCCAGAUGGUCAAAAUUAAUAUUGAGUGCCCCUACUGCGGUAUCUCUGAUAGUCCAGAUGUUGCUUUGUGACUAUACAUUGAAAAAUGUGACCAAGGAAGAAUUUUUUGCACUUUGGACUUGGUGAACACCAUUAUCCAUAGAAUUGAGUAGAAUUAUGGUGGAGUGUUGCACAAAUGCACAAAGUGUGUAAUGAACCACAAUGGUGCUGUACGUAGUACAGAAAAUUCGGCUGACUUGCAAUGUCUGUACUUCACAGCAAUCCUUGCACUUGUGGGAAAGGUUGUGUGGGCCUUGCACAAACAGUGUUAGACGUUGCAUUAACACAUUAACAUGUUUCAAAAACCAUUCAACAUUGCUGACAAAUUGCAGAUACCUUGUUUUUCUUCUUCGCAUUCUCUGCUGGCCAGUCCGCCAAAGAUGGACCACUACAAAGGUGCUUGCACUAUUGCAGAGGAGAAUUGUGCCAAACGUUUGUUAUGGCUGGUGUUUGUGCGAUACACAUGGUUUUCUAGUGUGUUGCCUUCUUGCUACUUCUUUCUACUAUGUAGGCACUGCCUUGUUAGGCUGUUUUAGUUGUUUUUUUUCCCCUCUCCUUUUCAAAGCAUGCCCAUCUGCAUUUUUCAUUGCAAUAGAAAUCAUGUUGUAGAAACAAUAAACAAGACAUUUAAAGCA